AUGGUUUGUGGUUCAGCUGCUGGAGUACUUUUGCCACCAUAUAUUAUAUUCAAAGCUAGUGAAAUGUGGCAACCAUGGACAGAAGGUGGGCCAAAAGGCCAAUCAUGUUGUUCGGAACCAUGCUGUUCAAAAGGGUCUUGCUAUAACCGUACAGCUCAUGGCUGGAUUGAUGGAGUAACUUUUAAAGAUUGGUUCAAAACAAGUUUUAUGCCUCAUGCAAAACGUCAAGUGGGCAAAAAAAGUGUUAAUAGGAGACAACCUUUCUAG